CUCCGAGUUGAGUUGAGUCGACCCAACUCGUGGGUUGAGAGGGAUGUUUGAACACAGAAGAAACAGAGACUUUUAACAUUUUUGAGAAAGGUCAAACAUGAUGGGUAGCGUCCGUCAAUGGUUGAUAAACCCCUCCACAACGCCCUCUUUCUCUCUCUAAAGCUUCUGCUUCAUUAUUCUCUGGUCCCCUUCUCUCUCUCUAGAAUUGAAUUUGGGUUUUUCUCUGGUGGGUCUUUGAAGGGUUUGCAGGAGGAGCUUUGUGUUGUGAUAUUUGGUGGUGGGUUUGGUGAAAGGAGCUGAAUUUUGGGCUCUGACAUUUUUUGGGGCUGUUCUGAAUCUGGUGGAGAGGGAGAGAUGGCACAACGCUCUCAUGUACCAAAGUUUGGCAAUUGGGAAGGUGAAGAAAAUGUUCCCUACACAGCCUAUUUUGAUAAGGCGCGAAAGGGUCGAACUGGGCCUGGGGGAAAGAUGAUUAAUCCAAAUGACCCCCAAGAGAACCCUGAUCUCCUUAACGAUAUGUCAUCAGUCACAUCAUCUCCUCCCAGAGUUAAAGCUGAACCAGAAAGACAAGAUCAUGAACGGGGAAGAAGCAGGGAGGAUAUUGACCAAAGGCAAUAUGCCAACUCUCCAGCACACCGCGAAAAUCUGAGUCGCAAAACUUCUGGUGAAUCAACAUAUCAACCUGGUAGAGGACGUGGAACAAAUUCUGGUGAAACUCAUCGAAGACCUGCACGACAAAGUGGUGGCUCUGAGCAGAGCAUUGAACGUUCACCUCUCCAUCGCCAGGCAAGGGCCACGGGGAGAGAUUCUCCUUCCUGGGAGGGAAAGCCUUCAUAUGAAAGUAGCCAUGGUACUCCUGGAAGAUCCCGUCUUAAGCCUCGCGAUGAAAGUCCUGACAAAGGUGCUGCUGUCCCGAAAUUUGGUGAGUGGGAUGAGAACAACCCGGCAUCAGCUGAUGGUUUCACUCACAUUUUCAACAAAGUGAGGGAGGAGAAGGCAGGAAAAGUUCCUGGCACACCACCUGAGCCAUCGUACCACACUACACGGAAGCCUGCUGGCAAUGAAAGUGCUAAGAGUUGCUGCUUUCCAUGGAGCAGAAAAUGAGAUGUUGAGUCUGAGUUUGUGAGUAAUUAUAAGGUGUUUGGACCUGUAAAUAUCUUUGAAAGGCUAUCUCUCACCAUGCGGAGUACCUUCUAUAAAGUGCUGCAUUCAUUUUAUGGGCAUGUGUGCUAUCUUGUAUUAAUAAAGAUUUCAUUCCACUCAUUGGAAAAUCUUUUCUUUUUUACUUUUUCCCUCA